AUGGAUAUAGAGUCUAGGGCUAUUUCCGGAAAGGGAAGGAGGGAGGGCAUGGUUGCGAUCCGAUGGCGGUGCGCAGCGGUUGGGAUGGUGUGCGCCAUGGUGGUGAUGGUGCAGGGGAAGAUAACGGGAAAGGGAGCUGUGAAGCAGCAGCUCUUUGAUGAGGCCUAUAGGCCCGAGGACUCAAGACACUUCGAGGUUUCUGCCAGCUCGACGUUCAAGCCCGAUACGUCUCGGCAGUUUGAUCUAGCCUAUGCCGAUGGGACGGAGUUGAAGGGCUUCAAUGCUCACGACAUUGUCCAGUUGGGCAAUUUCCAUGGACUCGCUCCUUUUGGCGUCAUCACGGACUGCAACAGUCCUGAUUUCAACGGUGUGGAUGGAAUUCUUGGAUUUGGCCUACCGAAGCCAGGCUUCGAGGGACGACAGCUUCCUCGUCCCAUCCUCUGGGCUCUCACAGACAAGGGCGUCCAGGACUCGAACGCUCAGGCCCUAACACGCAAGUUCUCGUUCUUCUCCACAGACAGCGCGGCUGAGUUGCAGCUGGGAGGUUACGACCCGUCUACCUGCACGGACGUGAUGCUGUACACACCUUCUCUGUCCUCGACAGAUUUCAUAGUGGGAGUGACCUCCCUCAAGUACGGACACCCGUCCCAGAGCGAUCAUGUCGAACUCCUCAAGUUCAAGGACCCAACAGGCGAGGAGUACCUGCCAGCCAUCAUGGACUCGGGAACUUCAUGUCUUGUGAUGCCAGGUGACAAAAUGAAUGGCAAGCUGCAGAACAGUCCCUUCGAUGACUUCACGGAGCUAUGGGAUGAAGGCACGUCGUUUUGGAUCACCAUCGGAGGUCACACCUUUGAGAUUCCCUACCACUCUUGGUUCCUUGCUGAGACGAAUCAGACUUGCGUCCAGCCGUCCCCUGAUGGCAUGCAAGGGCUGCUGAUCGGAGAUGUCUUCUUCCGCGAGUACAUGGUGGAGUUCGAUAUGCAGGACGAAGCAAGACCCAUCAUCGGAAUCGCAAAGCUGAACAAGGCGUACAGCCCCGUCGGUCAGAAUGAGUUGGGGUAUUACAAACUCGAUCAAGCGCCCCGUGCCAAGCUGCAGCUACUGAAGGGUGAAGAGACCAUGUUUUCAGCCGAGCACAGCAAGAAGCUGGAUGAAGUCGAUCAGGUGCCAAUCUUCAACAAGAAAGGAACUCAGUACUUUAUGGACUUGGCGAUUGGAACGCCGAAGCAGCCCUUCACUGUCAUCUUUGACACAGGAUCCGCCGUCUUUGGAGUCUUCACCGUCAAGGCGAAGUUGCCGUCUGAGAUCCAACAGCAGCUUGCCAGCAGCUCAUCUUUCAAGAUUCGGGUCGACUCCAUGAACACGUUGAUGCAGUGGGAUCAGAUCCAUGGCAAGGCUGUCCGAGACGUCGAGCUGGGUCAGGAGGGUCAAGCUGUCUCACUUGCUGUUGCUGGAUCUUCCUUGUCGGGACAGAGCAAGUUCUCCACAGUGAGCGGAAUGAGCUUCGCUGGAGGGCUGUUGAUUCUUGCUCUGAUCGCGAACAUCAUGAUCGGCCUCGCUUACUUGUCUAGGCGGCGGCGAGGAAAGGCAACAUCGACCUACACUGAAAUGCUGUAUUCUUCGAACCAGUAUGGUUCUGUUCCCAUCGCGAUCUCUACUCCUCAACCCGUCUAA